AACGAGCGGAGUGUGUGCAGUGUUGCCUACCGCGCAGGGAGCACGACACUCGCCGCCGUCUCUCGGAACCCCGUUUCUACAAAUCUUUCUGUUAUUUUUUUUUAUCAUAAAUUUCGGUGUGCUUUUUCUUUUCCUCAACUUGCUAUCGUGUUCGUCCAUAGUAUCGUUCGCGGGAAACGAGAAAUAUAUAUAUAUAUAUAUUCAUGAUAUAUAUAUAUAUAUAUAUAUAUUAUAUUAAAACAAAUAAUAAGCGUGUAUAUCGCAUAUCGGCCAGAUAGUUUUACUCUUCGAAAUUAAUCUUUUUCAACCAAUUUGUGAAAGAAAAAGAUAAAGAGAAAGAGAGAGAGAGAGAGAGAGAGAGAAAGUCGGUGAAAGAGAUAGUAAGAAAGAAAGAAGAUUAUAUAUAUCAUAAUAUAUAACGAAAAGGAAACAAAAGUUCUCUAAAAGAAGGAUGACGCUCGGAAUUGCGUGGUUAACGCGCUUAGCGACGUCCCAACCCUCUUGUGCGUUCACGUAGGAUUGAAUUUUUCUUUCGUCGGUAAACGGGGGGGAGGGGUGGGUGGGUUGGUUGGUUGAUGGUUGGUUGGUUGGUUGGUUGGUUGGUUGGUUAGUUCGGACGUUUGGUAUUAAUAAUUUCGAAGCUGGAGCUGGUAUCGGUGCCGGUAUUGAAGAGAGGAGGUGGAGGUGGUGCACCAGGAGCUGGUUUCCUGGAUUGGUCGAGCUGGCGAAGGAGACAAGGAGAGCUAAGGAAGAAGCCUCGAUAAAAAGUAGAAAAGUGAACAACAAAAGAAGAAGAGAAAGAGGAAAAGGAAAAAGAAGAAGAAGAAGAAGAAGAGAAAUAGGAGAAGGAAACGUUAGUGGUUGUGACGAUUCGUUAUUAGCUCGACUUUUCUAACGGGCCAUUAUUAAUCGGCUCGAGUUUAAUAGACAUCGCGGAUUUAGACACAUAUCCAAACGCUCAUAUCGAUCAUUCUCUCAUUGUUAAGAAAAAUUUAAAAAAAAGAAAGAGUAUAUAUAUAUAUAUAUAUAUGUAUUAUAUGAUAUAUAAUAUAUAUUUAAUAUGCCGUGCAUUUGAAUCAGAAUCUAUUAUGAUUUUCGAGGAAUAUCAAAAGGAGGAGCAAGGAAUAAUGCUGAUGAUGAUGACGAUGAUACGUAUAUAAUAUAAUAUACGUGUAUCGUGUGUAUAUGUAUGAAUAUCAUAUCCCCCAAGCUAGGAACGUAACACAUUCGUCGACGAACGUGUUUUUUGAUUUUAAUCCUUUUUAAAAUAAAAUAUGAGGUGCCUAAGUAAAGAAGUUAUUUAAUAUAAAGUAAUAAGAGAAAAUUAAUAGGAGGAAGAAGAGAGAAAGAGAGAGAGAGAGAGAGAGAGAAAGAGAGAAAAAAAGAGAGAAGAAAAGAUUGAGAGGAGAAACUAGUGCCUAAAAAAAAAAAAAAACAAAGCGUACGUAAAGUAACGCUAAAAGUUUGUUAAGGUACGCGUGGUUAAACGUCACGAAAUCCUCGCGAUUAAAAUAAAAUUAAGUAAUUAAGCCAAUUCCUCCAUCGAGAGAGAAUUUCAUCGGUUCGCGACGGUCGGAAAAGGUAAAUCAAGAAAGAUAGAUAAAGAGAGAAAAAAGAGAGACAGAGAGAGAAAGAGAGAGAGAGAGAGAGAGGGAAAGGGAAAAAGAGAGAUCGAAUCUUCGUGGGUGGCCCUCCUCCGAUCACGAACAAAGAGCACAAAAGUCGUAAGUAAUGUCACGACUAAUGCUCUGCAAUCUCGCGAAUACGUCGACCGGGGGAAAUGAUACGAAUAACAACGCGAAUACGAACAGCAGCAUGGAGGACGACGAUUCUUAUCCACUGCCAACGAUCUAUCGGUGUCGCGCACCCAUAGCCAGCUUGGAUUGCAUGGAAGAGUUCAACGGCGGUGGCGGUGGUGCAGAGACAGGCGUGCACUGCAGCAACACAGCAGGAACGAAAGAGCAGCUACUGACUAGCUGCAUUGCUGCACAAGCGCAACGUUUACAGCAUCCUUCGCCAGGUAUUCGGUAUCGCAACUUGGGGAAAAGUGGUCUACGUGUUUCCAAUGUUGGCUUAGGUACUUGGACAACCUUUGGUGUAGGGGGAUGCGGCAACGAGGAAACCGCCGAAGCUGUCGUUGCUCUCGCAUACGACAGCGGCAUCAAUGUGUUCGACUUGAGCGAAGCCCACAGCGGCCAUCGUGCGGAAAUACAAUUCGGUCGGAUUUUAUUGCGCCGUGCUUGGAACCGUUCGAGCUACGUCGUUACGACGAAAAUAUAUUGGAACACGAAGACAGAGGGACGAGGAUUGUCGCGUAAGCAUAUUAUCGAAUCUGUGCAAGCGUCCUUGGUCAGACUGCAGCUGUCCUACAUCGAUAUCGUCAUGAUUCACAAAGUCGAUCCAAUGUGCCCAAUGGAAGAGAUAGUACGCGCCAUGAAUUACGUGAUAAGCAAAGGUUGGGUAAUGUACUGGGGUACGUCACGAUGGUCUCCUGUUGAGAUCAUGGAGGCCUAUACGAAUUGUCGACAGUUCAAUUGCGUCACGCCGAUCGUCGAACAAGCCGAGUAUCAUCUUUUCUACAGAGAGAAACCUGAACUAUAUAUGCCGGAGUUGUACAAUAAAAUCGGUGUCGGUUUAAUGGCAUGGUCCACGGUCACCAUCGGAAUGGUUUCAUCCAAGCCGGAAGAUUGCGGAGUGUCCUUCCUUUCGAGAUCCUCUUACAAGAAUAAGUAUUCUUCCUUCAGUUGGACGGAAGAUGAAACGCAGUCUUUGUAUAAGGAGGAAUAUGCUUGGAAGGACAAAUCGGCGGACGAGGAAACACGAAAAUAUUCGGAUAAAUUACGGGAUGUAUGUGCUCUUGCCGAAAGGCUCGGAUGUUCCUUUGGACAGUUGGCCAUUGCAUGGUCCCUCAAGAAUGAAAGUGUUCAGUGCCUUCUCCUCGGUGCGUCAAAUAUAGAUCAGCUGUACGAGAGCCUUCAGAGUUUACAGUUAAUCCCAAAGCUAAACGCGACCGUAAUGAGUGAGAUAGAAAGGAUACUUGAUAACAAACCGUCCCGACCACCGAUGGUGUCGACUCUGGCACUUAGAUGACAAUCGAUUUGCCCCCCCGGCAGUGGUGGGGGCUCUUUAGACGAGGGAGGAAGCCCGAAGAGCGAGGGUGGUAACAGCCAAGACCAGGAACAAACAAAGGAGGUGAACAACAAGUUGUCCUUCUGCGAGAUACAAUGAACACAUACGGAUGAGUGAGAGACAUACAUAUACACACACACACACACGACAUGUACACCUACACGCACGCACGUACGACGCAUCGACUUGUACACAUUAACAAAUAAUAAUAAUAAUAAUAAUAAUAAUAAUAAUAAUAAUAAUAAUAAUAAUAAUAAUAAUAAUAAUAAUAAUAAUAUUAAUAAUAAUAAUAACAAUAAUAAUAAUAAUAAUAAUAAUAUCCUUGCGUUUCGACGAGAUUACACCGGAUAUGAGAAUAAAUAGAAGAAAAAGAAUUUCAGAGAGGAAAAUGAUGAAGAGAAAGAAAGGAUGACACAAUCAGAGAAAGAAGGGAAGAAGAAAGAAAAAACAAGAAAAAAUGGAUUUGGAAUUUUGUCGUUCCGGUGUAAAUAUCGUCCGUUGGAUGUAUUCGUAAAACGAGGUGAUGACAAUACCUUCAAUUUGCCGAGAAAGAUUUCUCUCUCUCUCUUUCUCUCUUUCGCUUAAUGUUUUGACAAGAGAAAAGGAAAAAGAAGACUAGAAGGGAAGAAAGAAAAAAAAUACGAACCACGAAUGAAUAAUGAAAGAGAGAGAGACAAGAAGAGAUAGAUAGAUAGAGAGAGAGAGAGAGAGAGAGAGAGAGAGAGAGAGACAGACAGAUAGAAAGAAGUAGGGAGAAGAAAGAUGAGAGAAGAGAGAGAGAAAGAAGAAAUUUAGUAACACGUUACAAUGUGUCGACACGAACUUUGGAUUUUUCGUCGGAAUAUUAAAGGAGAAAAGAGGAGAAAAGAAAAGAAAAGGAAAAAGAAGAUGAAAAAGAAGAAAGAAUAAAUAGAAAACGUUUGUUAUUACAUGACAGACUCAAGAAGCAACAAUGCUGAGUAUGCUUCUCUCUCUCUCUCUCUCUCUCUCUCUUUCUCUCUCUCUCUUUUAUACACACAACAUACACAACAUUUACUUUCUGAAUGGAUAUUGCCACUCUCUUUGUUUCUCUCUUUUGUACAUUAAUUGAGAGAGUUUAGCAAGAGAAAAAUCGUCAGAAGGAAGAAACAAGAAAGAAGAAUAAUACAGGACGAAAAAGAAACUAAGAGAGGAAAAGAAAGAGAGAGAGAGAGAGAGAGAGAGAGAGAGAGAGGGAACGAGGGAGAAAGAAAGAAAUAGAAAGAAGAAACUGAUGGCGUUUCAAACGUUGGCAUGAUUAUGAAUUUUUCGUUAGAAGAUCAAAAAGAAAAAAAAACAGAAGAAAAAGAAAAAGAAAAAAUAAAGUAGAAAGCGCUCAUUGUUACAUGAAGCCGCGACUCACAAAGUGCGGCGAAACAAUAUGUUUCUCUCUCUCUCUCUCUUUCUCUCUCUGGUCCGUCUCUAUCUUUAGAGUAAGUUUUGUAGAGCUAAAAAACAAAGGUAUAAAAAAGGCCGUUGUGUUCGUCGAUCAAAGCGUGUACGUACGAUGGCGGUAGUGUGAUUGUGUUUUUCCAUCCUUGUUAAUUUUUAACUUGUCAAUAUCGUCCAUCUCUUUCUUUCUUUCGCGUUAAAUGAGCACGAAAGCACAAAAGAUAAAAGAGAGAACACAAUAUUUCGCGUUCGAGCGACAACUAAACUAUUCUACUACUACUUGCCGCUAUUAUUACUACUACUCUACUUGCUGCUACUAUUAUUACUACUCUACUUGCUGCUAUUGUUACCACUACUCUACUACUACUUGCUGCUACUAUUACUACUACUCUACUACUACACUACUACUGCCGCUGCUGCUGUUGCUACUAUUAUUGUUGCUGCUGCUGAUAAUGAUGAUGCUACUGCUGUUGCUACUGCCGCUUUAUUUUCUAAUAUUUUUCUAAUCAUCAAUGAUCGAUGAAAAUAUUCCGUCUUGUCGCGUACAACAAAAGAAUAUUGAGGCGUUCGCUUAGUUUUUAAUGACCACGGAAAGAAUUAAUAGAAAAAAAUAUAAGGACGAUUUACACGUAGAGAGUAUAAUUUCUAUUCACCGAAUACUAAUAAUUAUUGUUACGAUUAUGAUUAUUAUUUGUUAUUAUUAGUACUAUAAUAUUAUUGUUGUAAGAAUUAUUAUUGUAGUUGUUGUUGUUAUUAUUAUUAUUAUUAUUAUUAUUAUCACUUUUUUCAUCAGAAUACGUAUAAUAUUCGAUUGAAAAAAAGUAAGAAAAAGAAAAUAACAGAUUAAUAUGUUUAGCGAUUAAAUAAGAAUGAAAUAAAUGAAAUAAGUGAAUGAAUUAUUUGUCAAAGUGCGAGUAAGAAGAAAUCAGGAGAAUAAGAUUAAUUAUAGUCGCAAACAUUGUGACUAACUUUUGGAAUAUAACAUAGAUUUUUAAACGGAUCGGAUUAAUUAUUUCGAUCGUCAAAAAGAAAAAGGAAAGGAAAAGAAAAAGCAAAUAACAAAAAAGUAAAAGAAAAAGAAAACCGAAAAGAAAGAGAAAAAAGAAUAGAAAAAAAAAAGAAAGACUUAUGUCUUCUUACCAUUUCGAUGCCAGAAAACAUAACUUUGAUGAUAAACGCUAAUUAACUACCACAUAGUUUCCUAUAUAAAUCGAGAAUAUUCCUAUUAAUCGAGUUGAAAGAUUGCAAAGGGAGGAUUUUAAGAUUGCGUUUUGACAUGAUUAGAUAUAUAAAUAUAUAAAUAUAUAUAUAUAUAUAUAUAUAUAUAUAUAAUAAAAAAAAAAAAUAAAAUAAACAAAAUUAUUAAUGCGUGCGCUCGUUCGAAAUGAUAUAUCUAUAUAUACAUACAUACAUACAUACUUACGUAAAUACAUGUAUGUAUAACUGGGAGGAUAUUUUGUGAAAGACAUUUGCGUUAAAAUCGUGAUCGAGAGUAAGAGAGAGAGAGAGAGAGAGAGAGAGAGAGAGAGAGAGAGAGAGAGAGAGAGAGAGAGAGAGAGAGAGAGAAACGGAAAGACAGAGAGUAUGAAAAUAAAAUGUGAGAAAUAAAAGAAGAUUAGGAGACGCUCUUUUUAUUUUUUAGCGUCGAAAAUGAUAAGUUGAAAAUGAAAGACAAAAGAGGUGAAAUAUGUAGGAAAAUAUAAGGAGAAAAAGAAGAUCGUUCGAGUUAUAAAAAAUACUUAGGACCAAGUUAAGUCUCGUUCAUUAUUCAAUACUUACGUACGUAAUUAGCUCUUGCAUACGUAGUAAACAAGGACAACAAGAGAUCCGAGAAUUAUUAAGUUAAAAGAAAUAAAGAAUGCGCUUUCAAUAACUCAGAUUUUUCAUAGCUUUUAUCGACAAAAGAUAGGACGGCAUUGAAGAGGAUGAGAAGAAAAAGGAAGAGAAGAGAGAGAAGGAGGAAGAGUCUAGUUUGUAAAACGAUAGAAAAUAAACAGAAAAUCAAUUAUCUAAGAAGAAAGGGGAAAGUAAAAAUUAAUGAGUAAUGAGAAUGAGGAAGGGAAGGGUAGCGAACAAUAAUUAACGAUGCCGCGUUAUUUUCAUCCGAUUUCUAUUAAUUAGAUUAAAUUAGAUCUUUGAGCACGGCUAAGUUUCUCUUACGACAAUUCUCUAGAAGUAGCAAAUAAUAAAUGCGCAUGUGAAUUACGAAAGAAAGAGAAGAAUUAAAAAAGAAAAAAAAAAAAAAAAAAAAAAGAGGAAAAAAGGAAAAAAAUAAUUAGAGACGAACGAUCCCGUUUUGAAGUCUUAUAAAAAGACAAAAAAAGGAGGAGGAAGAGGAGGAGGAGAAGGAGAUAAGCUUGUUAAUAUAUUUAAUAUAUUAUUGCCUUUGAAAAGAAAGGCAUUACAUAAAUACAUAUAUGUAUAUCUUGCCUGCCUUGUCCGCUGAUGGCUCUGAUAAAAGAGUCAUACUUCAAAAAAACUCGUGAUAGUUUUGUGCGUUAAGAAUUUUCAUUCAUAAUAUAUUAUAUAUAUGUAUAUAUAUGUAUAUAUGUAUGUAUAUAUAUAUAUAUAUAUAUAAUGUAUAAUGUAUAAAUAUUAUAUAUUUAUAUAUAUAAUAAUAUAUAUAUAUGUAAGUAUGUAUAUUUGUAUAUAUACACACACACGCGCGUAUACAUACACGUUGUUUAAAUGAUAUUGCUAAAAAAAAAAAAAAAAAAAAAAAGAAAAAGAAGCCAACAAACACGACACGUGUGAUAAUAUCGCUUUAUCUUUAAAGUAUCAUCAUUACACUGUUAUAUACUUACAUAUAUAUGUAUGUAUAUAUAAUAUCUGUCAUUUACACGUCGAUAUUUCU